AUAUAUAGGUAGAGAGAGAAGCAGAAAUGACGGAUGAUUAGGCCUAGAGAGAGAAAGAGAGAAGAGAUAUUAGCCGCCUUUUAGAGAAGAAGAAGAAAAAACGAAGCUACAGUAUUAUAAAUUUUUUUCCUGGUUCGGUCGGGGAGGAGAAAGAGAGAGAAAGAAGAAAAAAAGAAGUUUUUUUUUUGAAUUUUCUCUCUCUUUCUCAUUUGGGUUGUGAUUUUCUUGGAAAAUAUUUGAAGGGUUUUGAAAAUCUUGGAUGUAUUUGUAUUGAAUCGAAGGAUCUAAGGGAUUGUCUGUUUUUGUGCUGGAUUAGGGUUUUGAAAUGUUGAGAAUUUGAAGUUCAAUUUGGGGAAUUGGGAAUAUUAGAGUAUUGAUAUGGACGUGGAUUCAACGAUGGUAUCGGAAUCCGAUCACGAUCCAACGGUUCAGAAUGAUAGUUCGACGUCGGAACAACAGCUUAAUGAUGAAUCUUCACAAACUCAGCAACAGCAGCAGCCGCAGCAGCAGCAAAGUAGUAGUAGUAGUAGUCCUCCUGUUGUGGGACCAAGGUGUGCACCGACGUAUUCGGUGGUGCACGAAGUGAUAGAGAAAAAGGAGGAUGGUCCAGGGCCGAGGUGUGGACAUACAUUAACGGCUGUACCAGCUGUUGGUGAAGAAGGUUCUCCUAAUUAUAUUGGUCCUAGGCUUAUUCUUUUUGGUGGUGCUACUGCUCUUGAGGGAAAUUCGGCUGCUUCUGGAACUCCUUCAUCUGCUGGAAGUGCUGGAAUUCGCUUAGCAGGGGCUACUGCUGAUGUGCACUGUUAUGAUGUUUUAACGAAUAAAUGGUCUAGGAUCACUCCCAUCGGAGAGCCACCCACACCAAGGGCUGCACAUGUUGCGACAGCUGUGGGAACUAUGGUUGUUAUUCAGGGUGGAAUCGGUCCAGCUGGUUUGUCAGCUGAGGAUCUUCAUGUUCUGGACCUUACUCAACAACGACCACGAUGGCACAGGGUUGUGGUGCAAGGACCUGGUCCAGGUCCGCGUUAUGGACACGUCAUGGCUUUGGUAGGGCAAAGAUAUCUCAUGGCAAUUGGCGGAAAUGAUGGAAAACGGCCUCUAGCGGAUGUUUGGGCUUUGGACACGGCUGCCAAGCCAUAUGAAUGGCGGAAGUUGGAACCGGAGGGUGAAGGUCCACCUCCUUGCAUGUAUGCAACCGCAAGUGCACGUUCAGAUGGUCUUCUCCUCCUCUGUGGAGGGAGGGAUGCCAAUAGCGUGCCUCUGGCAAGUGCUUAUGGACUUGCCAAACAUAGAGAUGGACGUUGGGAAUGGGCCAUUGCCCCUGGUGUGUCACCCUCCCCCAGAUAUCAACAUGCUGCAGUUUUUGUUAAUGCUCGGCUGCAUGUAUCUGGAGGGGCACUUGGUGGUGGACGCAUGGUGGAGGAUUCAUCCAGUGUUGCGGUUCUUGAUACAGCUGCAGGAGUGUGGUGCGACACAAAAUCUGUUGUGACUAGUCCUAGGACUGGCAGGUUCAGUGCAGAUGCAGCUGGUGGAGAUGCUGCUGUUGAAUUGACCAGACGCUGUAGGCAUGCAGCUGCUGCUGUUGGGGACUUGAUAUUUAUCUAUGGUGGUCUACGUGGCGGUGUACUGCUGGAUGACUUGCUUGUUGCUGAGGAUUUGGCUGCUGCAGAAACAACAAGUGCAGCUUCACAUGCCGCAGCUGCUGCAGCCAAUCUACAAGAAGGCAGGCUUGCUGGGAGGUAUGGUUUUGGUGAUGAAAGAACGAGGCAAACAGUUCCUGAUGCAGUUAAUGAUGGUUCUGUUGUACUGGGAAAUGCUGUUGCUCCCCCUGUAAAUGGCGAUAUGUAUACUGAUAUAAGUACUGAGAAUGUCAUGCUUCAAGGAUCUCGGAGACUCAGCAAAGGUGUUGAAUAUUUAGUGGAGGCCUCUGCAGCAGAAGCUGAGGCUAUUACUGCUACACUAGCAGCUGCCAAAGCUCGACAGCAAGGUAAUGGAGAAGUCGAACUUCCUGAUAGGGAUGGUGGAGCAGAGGCUACACCAAGUGGAAAAGCAGCAUCUACUUCAAUCAAUUUGGAUUCUUCCGGAUCAAAUAAUUCUGCCCCAACUGGAGUCCGUCUUCAUCAUCGUGCCAUAGUUGUAGCUGCAGAGACUGGUGGUGCUCUGGGUGGUAUGGUAAGACAGCUUUCCAUCGAUCAAUUUGAAAAUGAAGGCCGGCGAGUCAGUUAUGGAACCCCAGAAAAUGCCACAGCAGCACGAAAACUUUUGGAUCGACAAAUGUCCAUCAACAGUGUUCCGAAAAAGCUGAUCACGCAUCUUUUGAAGCCUCGGGGUUGGAAGCCGCCUGUGCGACGAGAGUUUUUUUUGGACUGCAAUGAGAUCGCCGAUCUUUGUGAUAGUGCCGAAAGAAUAUUUGCUAGUGAACCUACUGUUUUACAGCUAAGGGCUCCUAUUAAGAUAUUUGGUGACUUACAUGGGCAAUUUGGGGAUCUCAUGCGUCUUUUUGACGAGUAUGGUUCCCCGUCAACUGCUGGGGAUAUUGCGUAUAUUGAUUACCUCUUCUUGGGAGAUUAUGUUGAUAGGGGCCAGCACAGCUUGGAGACCAUUACUCUUCUCCUUGCUUUAAAGGUCGAGUAUCCUCACAAUAUACAUUUAAUACGUGGGAACCAUGAAGCUGCAGAUAUAAAUGCGCUUUUUGGCUUUCGAAUUGAGUGCAUCGAACGCCUGGGUGAGAGAGAUGGAAUCUGGACAUGGCAUCGGAUUAAUAGAUUGUUCAACUGGCUUCCUCUGGCUGCCCUGAUUGAGAAAAAAAUCAUCUGUAUGCAUGGUGGGAUUGGAAGGUCUAUUAAUCACAUUGAGCAAAUAGAGAGUAUCCAGCGUCCUAUCACUAUGGAAGCUGGCUCAAUUGUUCUGAUGGAUUUGUUGUGGUCUGACCCAACAGAAAAUGAUAGUGUUGAAGGACUAAGACCAAAUGCAAGAGGCCCUGGCUUGGUAACUUUUGGGCCCGAUCGUGUGAUGGAAUUUUGCAACAACAAUGAUCUUCAACUAAUCGUCCGAGCCCACGAAUGCGUGAUGGACGGGUUUGAAAGAUUUGCUCAGGGACAUUUGAUCACGCUUUUUUCAGCCACCAAUUACUGUGGUACUGCUAACAAUGCUGGUGCCAUUUUGGUAUUGGGUAGAGAUCUUGUUGUGGUUCCGAAACUUAUCCACCCAAUUCCGCCAGUUUCAUCGCCUGAAAAUUCACCUGAGCGGCAUAUAGAAGACACUUGGAUGCAGGAGCUAAAUGCUAACAGACCACCUACACCAACCAGAGGCCGUCCUCAAGUUGCCAACGAUCGAGGUUCUCUUGCUUGGACUUAGAUUUAUAGUGAAGAUUAUUUUCAUAUACUUCGAGCCUCAUGCUCUAACAUCUGGGAUUUCCAGUGAUAUGUACAUAGCAUGAUGCUAUUUGGAGAGUGUCGCGUACAAAUAUAUCCUCUUGAAGAUCUAAGGCUUUGAGGUAGUCGAUGUCUUCCAGCACAAUGGACAACAGGCCUUCGGACAGAUUCAGAUCUCAAAGGUUGCAGGCACAUUGUCUAUUCAUCUGUGUGGAAGCAGUUCGGGCUCUUCGAAGUUUCCCCUUGUACAUUGAGCAACAGACACAGACACAGAUAGAAGGAUCAACACGUGUUGUUACGUUCUCAUGCUAUGGAUAGUGCUAGGUUUUCAUUUUAUAAUUCUCCCGUCUAAUCCUAUAUAUAAUUUUCCCCCUUGUUUUAGGCGUAUUAUUUUUGUCAAUGGUAAAAAUUUGGUGAGAUGCAUAAUGCUGAAAUUUCUCAUGUAUCAUAGAGGGUGUUGCUUGGUGUAAUUUGUGGUGUUGGUGUCAUGUAGAAUGUGACUUGUGUGUGAAAAUAUGAAAGCUUUAGUAACACAAGAAAUGUGGUUAUAAAGGAGUGGCUAAUUACUAUUUGUUAGCUUCUU